GUGACGAUGAAGCCAUUCAUCGCUAUUCCGGGCAUUUUUGCCCUUCUAUAUCGUGCCUGGUCACGAAAAUCACUGACCCCGCUUGGUCUUGUCGCUGCAGGCCUAACCGCCAGCGCUCAUGCCCUUCACCCCUGGUCAGCUCCGUUCGCCUUGUUGGGAGUGUUCUAUCUGUCAGGGAUGAGGGUGACGAAAGUAAAACAUGACGUCAAAGAAAGUCUCACGCUCUCUGCGUCCGGCUCCCAUGGCGGCGAAGGCCAACGUACUCAUAUUCAGGUGCUUGCGAACUCUAUCGUGGCAUCUGUGCUCAUCCUCUUCCAUACUCGUGCUCUCGCCGUCUCCGGACUCGAUGCCGGAUGCUUCUCGAACGGUGGCCAUGCCUCGGAUCUACUCAUGGUUGGGAUCGUAUCUAACUACGUCGCCGUAGCCGCCGACACCUUCUCGUCCGAACUCGGAAUCCUCUCCAAGUCGAAGCCGCGCCUGAUCACCUCUCCGACUCUCCGUGUCGUCCCUCCCGGUACAAACGGCGGCGUGACGGGAACGGGUCUCCUGGCUGGUGCUUUGGGAGCGGUCAUCGUUGCGGCCACAUCCGCAUGGCUGAUUCCUUUCUGUUCGUCGGGCAAUGACACAUUGAAUCUGAUCCCGAGGGCCCAGUGGAUCCUCGGCUUCACGGCGUGGGGUACUCUGGGCAGUCUGCUGGAUAGCUUCCUAGGCGGGAUUCUGCAAGCCAGUGUAGUUGAUAAAAGGACGGGGAAGGUUGUUGAGGGAACGGGCGGAAAGAAGGUUCUUAUCACGCCCAGCGGAGUGGCUGGUACCUCUACUUCAACCGCCGUGCCCGCCUCGACAGAAACGCAGAACACGCGCCAACGGAAAUCCGAGGCCGAGGCUGCUGAAACAACCGACGUCAACGAUGCUGGCUCGCGACAUGAAAGUCGUCGUGUCGAGAGCGGAUGGGAUAUCCUUGACAACAAUGCGGUCAACGUCCUCAUGACUGCCAUCAUGAGUGUGGGCGGCAUGGGUGUUGCCAGUUGGAUUUGGGGUUUGUCAAUUGGGGAUAUUACGAUCUGAUUUGCCCGGGGUUGUUGAAGGGGUAAUUUAUGAAAGCGUGAUUAUAUGAUACCUAGAGGAGGGAAAGCGAUAGUGCCUGCAUCAUUUAUGAUUCUAUAUGACUUUCGGAGCAAGAGCUUUAGUCUCAUAUAAUACAUGGUUUUUAUUCUGCUAAUUCGAG